AUGCAGAAAGAUGAAACCUAUCUAAGAACUCCCCCCAUAAGAAAGCUCAAUAAUGGACUCACUAUUUAAUAAAAAAUCAAUCAACUCAAUAAGAAGAGCAGUAUUAAAUUUUCUGAACUGACAAAAGAAUAGCCCUCCAAUUAAAAAAUAUCAUACCGACGACCAAGUCUCCCUCGUAAACCAGUUCAAAGAAUUCAGUAAGCUAUUACCAUACAAAGAAAUCUCUCACAAGAACCUCAAACCCAAGGCACCUACAGUGUGGUUUUCACUAAUAGUGCCCCUCAAAAACGAGAUAAAAGAAAGGUCUAAACAAGCAACUGCGACUAGAUCGAAGAAACUAAAAACAGCCAAGUCAGAAUCUCCAAAGGCUUUUAUCCAUCCGAUAUUAAUAAUACUAAAUAGAUUCUAACGAGCAUUUUGUAAGGGAUGCAACAUAGAAUCUCAGCAGAAAAGGCUAUGGGUGUUAUGGGACUAUAAGUAAUACCAUUUAAUAAAUUAAUGGAAUAAAAUACUGUACUAACCUAACAGACUAUCAGACAAAAGGCUCUGUCCCAAGAUAAAGAGAGAGACAAGUCAUAAUCAUUUACCGAAGAAAUAGAAAAGAAAAUUAAAUGCAAAGUCCCUCAAAAAACUAAAUAAAAACAUUCUAUUAAUUAUAAUAAUAAUGCCAGUCCAGUACCUCCAAAAGUAAUGGCUCCCCAAAGCAGCACAACGUAAAUUUAGAGUAACAAUUUUAAAUUUUCAUUAACUGAAUACUCCCAAUUAUCCAGGGAACAAUUAUUCUAAACUAAAUUGUAAAACUAUUAACACUUCUUGUUUUUGGUUUCCACUUAGUGUGGAUUCUACACAUUACCUUAAGAUACUGUGAUUGAUUUAAAAUUUAAGAUUGGCAGAGGAAACAAUUCUCUGCUAAUCAAAGAAAUUUUUAAAUUGAGAUGGUGGUGGAACUAGUAUAAGUACAGUGAGUUAGUUGAUGCUGAAAGUAACUUCAUUUGGACUUAGAUCAAAGUUUAGAAUUACAUGGACACUCAAAACCCAUCAACGAAUGAAAUUAAAUCAUUGAUGAGAAAGAAAUUGAAUCAACCCUAAUCCUUAACUCAAAUAAAGAAGAAAAUCUAAAUUGACCCCUUGUUCAGAUUAAUGAACGACGAUACUGAUUAUAAACAAAUAGAAAGAAACCAAAAAGCGUACUUAAAAUUAAUAAAUCAAAAAGGAUUCUCUUUGUUAAAAGUGCAUUCUUCUUUGAAGAUUCAUAAUCAUAUAGAAAAGAAUUAUCAUCUGGGCAACAAGAAAGCCCUAUACCACAAUCUCAAAAGAUACUAUGAAUUGACUAAAUAGGAUCUACAUUCCAUCAUACCAAUAACUUUCCAUGUGCAAAAAGGAUCCAGAGACAAGGUCUAUUUGCAAUUCCUAGAGCAUUACAAGAAAUUGCCAAAAGGCUCUACUUGGAUAGUCAAGCCUGGUGAAUUUACCAAUAGAGGAACAGGAAUCAUAGUUUGUUAAAAUUUAAAUGAGAUAAACAAAAUCAUAAGUAAAAAGCAGGUCCAUCAAAACGGAAAACCCUUUUCAUAUUUAAUUUAGAGAUACAUAGAGAAACCAUUCCUCUACAAUAAAAGGAAAUUUGACAUCAGGUGUUACUUUCUUAUCACCCAAUUGAAUAAUAUUUUUAGAGCAUAUUGGUACGAAGAUGGAUACAUAAGAACCUCAUCAGAGGAAUUCGAUUUAGAUGACCCUGCUAAUCUUUACGUUCAUCUAACAAAUGAUGCCAUCUAGAAAUAUGCUGAUACUUAUGGGAAAUACGAGAAUGGUAAUAAAUUGUCAUUGUCUGAAUUCCAAAGAUAUUUAGAGAAUUAACCAAAGAAAUAUAAUUUUUAUAAGGACUUGUACCCUUAAUUGAUUGAGAUAGCUACAAUUAGCAUCAAAUCAGUUUAUUGUAAGUUAGCUCCACAUAAGAAGGAGUUUAAUUUCGAGAUUUUUGGAUUGGACUUUAUGAUUGAUUCACAAUUCAAACCAUACCUAAUUGAGAUCAACACUAAUCCUUGUUUGGAAACUAGUAGCCCAAUCUUGUAGAGAAUAAUACCUUAGAUGGUUGAAAAUGCUAUGAGAUUGUCAAUUGAUACGAUUAUUCCACCGCCAGAUGCUACUGUAUGGCCACCUUGUAAAAAGCAUCUUAUUUUUUAUGACAAUUUAUUGGAAAAUAAUAAAUUUCAAUUGAUCUUUGAUGAGAGAGAAGAUUCAGAGGAAUUGAUAAAAUUGUAUGGUGGAUUGUUGCAACAUGAUGAAAUAGAUGAAAUGGAUGAAGAAGAAGAGGAGUAUUAGAGUGAUGAUGAAAAUGAAAAAAAUGAAUAGUGA